AUGAGAUCCGACCAUCUCUUCAGCAUCGUAAAAGACCCUUGGGAGACAAUUCGUAAUUAUGUCAAGAGAUUCAAAACGGAGAAGGCCAAGAUUGUUGGUUGCAAUGAAGACAUAUCAAUGGCAACAUUCAGAAAUGGACUUUUUACCGAACAUCAUUUAUUUGGAAAACUGAUCAUAGGAGAAGAACUGACCCUAGCAGCUUUGUACGCUUUAGUAGAAAAACAUGCACUAUGGGAUGAGGCCAAGCAGUCUAACAAAGAUGAGUCGGAAGAGAAGCACAUGGAACGUUCCCUAACCAAAGAAGACUUAGCGCCUGAAACAUUCACCAAAUUCACAGUUCCAAUCGGCCAAAUUCUCCGCAAGCUCAAGAACGAACCUUGGUUCGAACUGCCACAACCCAUGAAAGGCAAUCUUACCAAGCUGGAUCAUACAAAGAAUUGCGCAUUUCAUCAAGGACCAGGCCACACUACCAACGGCUGCCUGAAGUGGAAGCAGUAUCUUAAGAAGCUUACAAAUGAGGGCCAAUGCGACGAGUAUCUUAACAAGUCAACAAAAAGGCCUACACAAGCAGGGGAAGUCUCUAUCACCCCUUAA